UAAGGUUUGUGAUUUGGUUGUGUCGUGCAUUGUAAACAGGGUGUUUCAAAAAGAAUUCCCAGUUUUAAAAUGUUGUGCUUUGGUUGUGUACAUUAGGAGUAAGAUUUUUUAAGAUAAAUAAUUAAAAAGAAUUGGAUUUGGAGUUUAAAACUUAUCUUACUUAAAAAAUGCAAAGAUUUGAACCGGGUGUCAUUAUCGUAAUUCAAUAAUUUCAAUUAAAAUAUUACAAUAUCAUCUUACCCUUUUAUGAACUGUAAUACUUACAUACCAACACACCUUUAAAAUCUUAUCUACCUAACAAUUCUAAUUUAUCUAGGGAUAGUAUGCAAGAUCUCAUCGUCAAGGAUAUUGACAUUAAAACAGGCUCCAGUAAACUGGAUGAGGAGAUACAAAGCUGGCUAAAUAUAGACAAGAAUGAGAGUACCUGUGCAGCCCUCUUGGGCAUGGUCAAAGAGAGAAAACACACAGAGCUUGAAGCUUUGUUAACGAAAAGAAUGGCAUUCGGAACUGCUGGACUGAGAGCUAGGAUGGGACCCGGAUAUUCCUGUAUGAAUGAUGUGACAGUGAUCCAAACAUCUCAGGGGUUUGCUAAAUAUCUGCUGGAAGUGCAGGAGUCUCUUGUCAGAGAGAAUGGUGUUGCUAUAGGGUUUGAUGCUCGACACAACUCGUCAAGGUUUGCUAAGUUGGCUGCCGUUGCUAUGGUCCGUCUCGGAAUUCCCGUCCACCUCUUCUCUGACAUCACUCCCACCCCAUUCCUAGCUUAUGCAGUUCGUAGAUACAAAACAGCAGCUGGAAUAAUGGUCACAGCAUCUCACAACCCCAAGGAAGACAAUGGUUACAAAGUUUUCUGGUCGAACGGAGCCCAGAUCAUUCCACCCCACGAUAGAAACAUUGCACAUCAUAUCUUAGAGAACCUUGAGAUUCAACCUGACGCUUGGAAUGUUGAUAUGUUGGGCACAUCUAAACUUAGGAGUGACCCCUACGAUGACAUCUACAGUAACUACUACAAAGAUGUUGAAAGCUAUGCGGUUGAUGACAAAAACACUCUCAAGUCCUCCAAAUUAAAGUUUACUUACACCCCCAUGCAUGGUGUUGGACAGAAGUUCAUGGAGAAAUCAUUUGAAGUUUUCGGGUUAAAUCCAUUCGUGUCAGUCCUGGAACAAUGCAAACCCGAUCCGAACUUCCCCACGGUAGCAUUCCCAAACCCUGAAGAGGGUAAAAGUGCUCUAGAUCUAGCAAUGAAAGCAGCUGAUGCUAAUAAUUCCAGUGUUAUCAUAGCUAAUGAUCCCGAUGCUGAUAGAUUGGCUUGUGCGGAACGAUCACCGUCCGGCUCCUGGUAUGUUUUCAAUGGCAAUGAGUUAGGUGCAAUAAUGGGUACAAUUGCAUACGAGAACUUUAAAUCCACUCACCCUAAUUUUCCUAAUGAGAAACUUUACAUGGUUGCCAGUACCGUUUCUUCCAAAUUCCUAAGGUCCAUGAGUCAAAAGGAAGGAUUCCUGUUUGAAGAUUGCCUAACAGGGUUCAAGUGGAUGGCAAACUACGCUCUCCGCAAAAUGGAGGAGGGCUACACGUGCCUGUUCGGGUACGAAGAAAGUAUUGGGUACAUGUACGGGACUAAUGUCAUGGAUAAAGAUGGUAUCUCAGCAGGCUCAGUACUUGCUGCCUACACUUCCAAACUCUACGACAGCGGCAGUUCUCUGUCUCAGUUCCUCCAGUCUCUCUACACUAAAUACGGAUACCACAUCUCCAAUGAUUCUUACUAUCUCUGUUUUGACCCUCCAACUAUAGUGACCAUGUUCGAAGCUCUGAGAGACAAGGGGUAUCCGACCCACUGUGGUAAGUACAAGAUAGUAGGUAUCAGAGACGUUACAACUGGUUAUGAUAGCAGUUUCGAGGACAAGAAGUCCAUCCUACCCACGGAUCCCAGUGGGCAGAUGCUGACCUUUACCUUUGACAACGGCUGUGUGGGGACUCUACGUGCAUCUGGAACGGAGCCAAAGAUAAAGUAUUACACUGAGAUUAUAAGUCCUUCUGGUUCGGAGCAGAGUAAGAAGGUACUGGCUGAGCAACUGCUUGAUCUUAAGAACACUUUGAUAGAGACAUUCCUGCAGCCUGGCAAAUACGGCUUAACUCCCAAACCUGGAUAGAGGACAAGAUAUCUUUUAGUAUUUUAAAAAGCUUGUUAAUAGCCGCGCUAGUUAUUGGCUUUGUAAGCUACUAAAAUAAUGAUUUGAUUGAUUAUGGACCUUAAAUUAAGAGAUGAUUUUAUCAGAGUACAUUCAAUUUCAAGUGGAACGGGUUCAGGUAGAAACUGGCAUAUUUUUUUUGUGAACAAUCCAACAUCUACAACGAACUAGCAUUUUUGUUUGUAAUUAUCUAUAAUUAAUUCCUUAAAUCUUAAUCAUUAUUUCCUCUUAGAUGCAUUGUUAUUUCAUACCUAAUAUUAUGUCUUGUGAAUGACGAAUUCCUAAAAUUAAAUCGAUUUUUGAAUGUAACGCUGUAAAUAAAGCAAACUAGGUGCAUUGAGAUUAUCUCAAUGAUUAAGAACUAAAAUUUGAUUUUUCCUUGAUUGAUGCUAGACUUAAUUUGCUUUUUGCUUCUGUUCAAUGUAACCUACCAACCAUUUUGUUUUCUUCUGAUGCUUUGGUUGUCCUCCACAAAUUCCGGGUUCCGCUUUAAGUAGAGAUUUUUAUGGAUUUUAUCUUUGGGAAUGAUAUGACACGUGUAUUGUGUAACACGUGUCAAAGAUGUCAAACAAAAUUUGUUUGAUAUUUGAAAUAGGAUGGUAGCUUGACCGAAAAGUGUUGUUGACAGAAAUUCAUUCGUAAUGAAUGGUGAUAAUUGUUAGAUCUGGUAUUUGAUAUUGAAAGUAGCUAAUAGUAACGAUAGACUUUAAUUAUUUGGGUUCAGUUAUUUAUGAAAAUUUAUUUAGAAAUCAUUGUUUGAAAAUGUUCCAGGACUGUAUAAUCAGUCCAGUGAGCUGCUAGAACAGCUGCUAUCAUAAUUAGCAAAUUUACAGAAUCUCCUAUGUAGAUUAUUAUAUUUAUAAAAUAGAACAUUUGUAUGAUCGUAUAGAUAACAUGUGUAGUAACGUAUGGUGACUAAUGUCUAAUAGGUAAUAGCUAGGAGUAGUAUCAAUAAAAUUAAGUUUAGAAUUGAUUCGCAUCCUCUGAUUUUGCUUCACUGAUUUUGUACAUCAUGAUUACAGAUAUAAUAAACAUUAUAUUUUUGCGGUUGUAAAA